GGCGGGGGCGGGGCCGCGGCGGCGAGCAGCGGCCGCAGCGCCGGCCGGUGCGGGCGGCCAUGGCGGCCAUGGCGGAGGCCGGCGGCGACAAGGGGCGCUGCGUGCGGCUGAGCGCCGAGCGCGCCCGGGCGCUGCUGGCCGACGUGGACACGCUGCUGUUCGACUGCGACGGCGUGCUGUGGCGCGGCGAGACGGCGGUGCCCGGCGCGCCCGAGGUCCUGACGGCGCUGCGGGCCCGCGGGAAGCGCCUAGGCUUCGUCACCAACAACAGCAGCAAGACGCGCCAGGCCUACGCCGACAAGCUGCGGCGCCUGGGCUUCGGCGGCCCCGACGCGCCCGACGCGCGGCCCGAGGUCUUCGGCACGGCCUACUGCGCCGCGCUCUACCUGCGCCGGCACCUGGCCUCCGCGCCCGCGCCCAAGGCCUACGUGCUGGGCAGCGCCGCGCUGGCCGCCGAGCUGCAGGCCGUGGGCGUCGCCGCCGUGGGCGUGGGCCCCGAGCCGCUGCCCGGGGACGGGCCGGCCGCCUGGCUGAGCGCGCCGCUCGAGCCCGACGUGCGCGCCGUGGUGGUGGGCUUCGACCCGCACUUCAGCUACGCCAAGCUCACCAAGGCCGUGCGCUACCUGCAGCAGCCCGGCUGCCUGCUCGUGGGCACCAACAUGGACAACCGGCUCCCGCUGGAGAACGGCGGCUUCGUCGCAGGCACCGGCUGCCUGGUCCGAGCCGUGGAGAUGGCUGCCCAGCGCCAGGCCGACAUCAUCGGGAAGCCCAGCCGCUUCAUCUUCGACUGCGUGUCCCAGGAAUACGGCAUCGACCCGGAGCGCACCGUCAUGGUGGGUGACCGCCUGGACACAGACAUCCUCCUGGGUGUCACCUGCGGCCUGAAGACCAUUCUGACCCUCACGGGGGUUUCCACUCUGGGGGAUGUGAAGAACAACCAGGAAAGUGACUGUCUGUCCAAGAAGAAAAUGGUCCCCGACUUCUAUGUUGACAGCAUAGCCGACCUUUUGCCUGCCCUUCAAGGUUAAAGAUUUUAGUGUCUUUAAUCUCUAGAAUAAAAAAAAAGUUGUAAAUCAGUUACCCAAAUUAAUGGGGCUUAAGCAUCCACUUGGCAAGGGGCCGCUCCACCCCAGCUUGGAACAGCAGAGACUCUGGGUGGCGACUUUCUAAGUCCCUUGUAAGAUGUACUGGCAAGCUUAGGGGCCCUGGGCCUCGGGUGGGCUCAGCAUCUGUGGAAUGGCGUCACCUCACGUGGGGGCUGCUGCUGCCGAAGUCCUCACUGAAAAGGCCACCCAGAGAGGGGCUCAUAGUGCCGCUGGCUCCGAGACGGGGCCUGCCGAUGAGGCUGUGGAGUUACGGGUCUUCCUGGUCUGGAGGUGAGGGCGCUGUCCUUCACCACCACCCCCACGCAUCCGUGUGUCACAAUUGAACGUUUGUUCCUUUUCAGAGCCCUGAGCUGCACUUCUGCAUUGCGCAGCCAGCCAGCUCAGCCUCGGCUGUGUCGGUGCAGGGGGAGCGGUGGCCCUUGCGUGGGGCUGCCUUGUAAGGAGCCCAGGGCAGCGUGGACGACGAGAAGCCUUUAACCAAACUUCUGAACAACUGUCAAACGGUGGGGUGGAUUCUGAAGGGUUGGGGUUAAUAACUGCUAUCUCACAGAGAAACGCUACAGAGAAUGUCCCCUGCCCCUGCCUGGUAGCCAAGGAAUGCCUGCUGCUCAGGGGGGCAGGGGGGCGGCCUCAGGAACAGCAAGUCCUUUCACAAAGCGUCCAGUCUGCCCUGUGCCCUUGCAUGGGGUGGGGAGGGAACUAGAUGCCAAGGACCAGGAGGCCACCCCUCUUGGCCCUGGAGCCCCUUGUCAGUGGCCAGUGGGAGGAUGGAUAGACUCCACUAUUAUGCCAAGAGUUCUUGGCAGGGAGCCCAGCCUCUGCCAGUUCCGAGUCGGCUGUCCUUCAGAACAAGCAAGAAGCAAGCCCUGGCAGGCCGACUCCUUCCUGCAUUGCGGGCCCCAUACCCAGUGGUCUUGUCUUUGGCUCGCUCUGGGGGUGCCCCAGUUCCUGCUUCUCCCAGGCCUUGGGGUCUAGUGUGGACGUUGUCCUCCAGUCCUGGUGGUGCUGAUGCUGGCUCUGCAAGGUUGGCCUGUCAGGGCGCUGUCACCUCACGUGGGGGCUGCAGCUGCGGAUGUUCUCUCUGAGAGGGGCUCACAGUGCUGCUGGCUCUGAGGUGGGGCCUGCCGACGAGGCUGUGGAGUUAUGGGUGUGGCAGCCAAGAUGCCCUCUGCUGGGCUGUGACCCAGAAGUCAGCGUGCUCACCUCCACCCUACACUAUGUGAACCCAAAUCUGUAUUAAACUUGGCACCCACUUCGA